AUGCCAGCAGAUCACAGCUGCGGCUUCCAUGGAAUUGGCAUUGACAGACGAACAGCUGCAGCACUGCUGCUGCAAAGUUUAAGUGAUCCAGAAGUUAAGGAUUUCUUGGCAUCAGAUCUACUCGCUGCCAUCCAGACAGGAGAGAGAUCUUCUUUUCCUCGAGAGCUUCGCCAUGCCACAGAUCUUUGGACACACCUCGCCGACUACUAUCGCUGGCAGGAGGCUUUGGAUCACAGGCACCGCGAGGCAAUGUCCUUUCUUCAAGAUGUGGGCGCCUCUGCCGCUGUUCAGGGAGCCGUAGAAAGACUUGGUCUGGUGGAGGCCUUGCGACUUUUCUUCAAUGAGCUGAAGGAGAAGGCUGCUUCGCUCCCAAGUGGCCGCGAAAAGCUUCUGGCAUUUCAGCUGUUGGCGCAGUGCAAAUCGCAAGAGAAGGAGGCGGCCGCAACUGCUGCUGCGACAGCUCAGGCGCUGGAAAGACUGCGACAGCAAUGUGGCAGAUGCAUUUCUGCGUAUGUGUCAUGGGUCGGAAGUGACGACACCUUCUGGCUUUCGUUUCUUCGUGGUUGUGGAAGCUCAGAGCAUUCUGGCGGACUGCUAGAUGCCAUCGCAAAGGUCGCAGGCCUCACCAUCCGCGUUUGGGCUGAAGGUCGCCAGGCCCCACUGCUGUCAUUGUUGCACGAAGCACGGUUUGGCAGCCGUCUGGUGAACCUUUGGUACCAAAGUGAGCUCGGGCACUUUGAUCGCUUAGUCCCCUGUGGUUGA